AUGGCUGGGAGGAAUUUGAUCUACUGUGUGUGUAGGCUGGUUGUACUUCUGGCGAUUUUACAUACUGGAUGUGGGGAUGUGGUUAGUCGUGCUGCCAGCAACAAGCAGACAAGGCAAGCCAGAAGAGAUAGUAUCUUGCGAGAAGAUGCACAAGAAGUGUUUUAUAAUACUGAAUUAAAGGAAAACAGCGGAAAGGAAGGCGGCAACCAGGUGGCACUAAAUGUCGAAACACAGCAAACUUUACAAGAAACAGGAACCAGACUUCAAGAAUAUAUAAUCUUACGAAGUCCCCCUUCCUUAGAUCCAGGAAAUCAACAUAUUUUCCAGACUCAUCGAAACCAGCAGAAAGAGUCACCCCAAGAUACCACGAGCCAGCUGCGCGACGUCUGCUUAAACAAGCCAGACCACAGAGGCUGUGGGACAGCAAGCAAGAGGUACUACUUCGACCAGACCACUAUGGAAUGUUACAAGUUUAUAUACGGGGGAUGUCGGGAAGGCGGCAACCAUUUUGAGACGUUAACAAGUUGUAAUAUGGCUUGUUUGGGACACGAAUAA